GCCAAAACGGUGUGCUCCAAGAGAGUGUAUCUUUUUAUCUUACAUAGGUGAUGCUGCUUUAUUAUCUGCGCAAUGAGGACACCUCGCCACUGAGUGACUGUUGAUAUUUGCAAUAUACAUAUAUAUCCUUCAAAUCAACAAAAUAUGUUCGCCAUUGCGGAAAUAUGUAGCUGGAGGUGAUAUAUACAUGCAGUUUGGUAUGGUAUGGCCGUUUCUAUGGCAGGCCAGGUAUGUGCUUCGUGCGAGACAACAUUUAGCCAAGGUUUACAAAGUCAACGUGCUGCCUGCCCUUCCUGCGGUCGGAAACUGGUGGGGAGGGUAGCUGCCCCCAUGCAGACUGGCCGAGACCAAGGGAACAGUGGAGCUAGUCUACCACCUCUUAGUAAUCCAUCUUCACCGACCAGUGAGGAUAACACUCGAUCAAAAUUUUCAGGCAUCUCAAACUUCUUCAGCAACCUCGGAACGAAGGAGAAAGGGAAGAGUGCUGAGAAGAAAAGCAAAGAGAGGUUACCACCGAUCACCCCAGGACAGGCCAUUGUAUCUCAAAAUGGCGCCCGUAAGAUCGUCACACCCGAAACAAAAGUCUCACCAGACUUCAAACAGAGGACACUCCAAGAAUUCAAGUCUGACGUUGAGAAGGCAAAGGCUACAAAGGAUAACAAGAUCCUCCUCAAAUAUUUCGAAUCAACUUUCUUAUCAUUCGCACACAUCAACGUAACAUUCAAGGAUCCAGUUAAACACGGAAAGAGCUUGGAGGAUUGUGGCUUGGUGCAGGAGUAUAUUGAUAGUGUUUAUAAAUGUCUGCUAGAAACAACUGUUGAAAUUCAGAAGAUUACUCUCAAAGGAAUCAUUAACAGUCUCCUCAAAGACCUGAAAAAACCUCGGGAUAAGAAUGACUUGAGAGCUUACCUAGUAUUAAUUCAGAACCCGCAGUUUGACAAGACCUCGACGUUUGUUAUAUUUGCUCAUCUUCUAAGACAGCUUUCCACCUUGGCAGAUAAUGAUCAUCAUUAUAUGGUGCAUUGGUUUAAGGGGUUACCUGCUGCCAACUUUAAGUCGAUCGUAGAACGAUUGCAACAGUUUACAUCCGUCCGUCUUUUCCCGCCAAAAAGUGAUGAUUUACCGCCUGUUGGUAAAUGCUCCUGGUGGAUACCCAGUGCUACCAAAGUCCUCGCCUUACUCAAUGCAUCCAACUCAAUGUGUAAACCUUUGAAGAUACCAUACACGUGUUUCUAUAACAACACUCUGGAUAACAUCGAUCUUAUGAAGGAAUACCACGCAUGGCAAAACCCUGUCGGCCAUCAACAAAUCUUCACAUUUUGCCAGUAUCCGUUUGUUCUGAGCCUUCAGGCUAAGAGGAGCAUCAUGCAGAAAGAUUCAGAACAGCAGAUGAUAAUGACAGCAAGGAGAACUCUGGUAGCUAAAGUUCAACAACGUGAGAUGCCAAAUAUGAACAUGCUCUUCCUAAAUCUCAAAGUACGACGUUCACAUCUAGUCUCUGAUUCCCUCCACGAGGUUGCCAAUAAGAAGCAAGACUUGAAGAAGAAACUCCGGGUGUCUUUCGCGGGUGAGCCGGGUCUUGACAUGGGUGGUCUCACAAAGGAGUGGUUCCUGUUACUCCUAAGAAAGAUCUUCAGAGAAGAAUACGGGAUGUUCACGUACUUCAAGAAGACGCAUUGUUUCUGGUUUAACCCCGCCUCCACUGAUUGCAAUCAAGAAUUCAAUCUGGUUGGAGUUUUAAUGGGUCUAGCAGUCUACAACAGUAUCAUCCUCGACAUCCGAUUCCCUGCCAUCACCUACAAGAAGCUUCUGAGCCCCGCAGUCGUGCCAUACAACAAACCUCAAGCUCAUGUGGGAAGGUGCAAAGUCACCCUCGAAGACCUCGAACAAGUCAAUCCCGAUCUGUGUCACGGGUUGAAGGAACUCUUAGAGUACAGCGGAGACGUGGAGGAAGAUCUGUGUACGACGUUUCAGUGUUCAAUUCCCGUCUAUGGAACGACGAUGACCUACGACCUUAAACCAAAUGGCGGAGAUAUCUUUGUGACGAAUAACAACAGGAGAGAAUACGUGGAUCUGUACGUGAACUUUCUUCUCAACAAUUCAGUCUAUGAACAAUUCGCUGCAUUCUACCAUGGCUUUCACAGCGUUUGUGCCUCCAAUGCUCUCAUUAUGCUUCGGCCUGAGGAAGUUGAGAUGUUGGUUUGCGGGUCUCCCAUUAUAGACUACGACGAGCUGGAGAAGGUCACCUUAUACGAUGGCUUUGACAAAGAUGACGUCACAAUCAAAUACUUCUGGGAGGUUGCCAAGGGUUAUCCCCUCCCUCUUCAGAAGAAGUUGCUCCUGUUUGCCACCGGUAGUGAUCGCAUCCCUAUCGGCGGUAUGGGUGAGAUGUCAUUCAAGAUCAUAAGGGUUGAUACCUCCUCAAACAUGCUUCCCAUGUCUCACACAUGCUUCAACCAGCUCAUUUUGCCUCCUUAUAAAAGCAAACGACAGUUGAAGCAGAAGCUAACAAUCGCCAUCUCCAAUGCAGAAGGAUUUGGAUUAGAGUAGCCAAUGGUAGCCGAUAAAUGUAACUGGACUACGAGGAGAGGCUCAGAAUUUCUGUUGUCCUGUAGCGCCGAGGGCGCCGCAAUGAUGUUAGGAUUUGUGUCUGGUUAUUAGACCUUUCCUAUUUUAAAAGACAGAACCUUCGAUCUCUUAAGAAACUGCGGACUAGAUUCAUUAAAAACAAAAGGAACAAAGCCUAUGCAAUGGAUCAGGUGCGGGACUAACAGCGAAAAAGAUCGACUUGUGUAUGGUGUGCUUUCGCGGUGGUCCUCGGUUGAUGCGUACAAAUCGAAUUAUGUGUGUUUUAAAUGGAUUAGACAUGGAAGUCAUGAAGAAGAAAACGCAAAGUUGGCGCCGCAACGAGACGACUACUAUCCAUUAUCACGCGGCAUUUUACUGUCCAUGCGUUUCUCAUGAUAUUAUUGGAAGGACAUUUUCAUCACCAAACCAUGAGCAAAAUACUUAUUAAUGCUGGACGUUGCGCCGUGCAUUAUGUGAGGAUGACACUUCAAGCAUAGCACUAUAACUGCGUCGGCGGUUGCAUAGAAUAUCAUUGACAAAGACAAAUUACUGUUUACAUCUGAGUAUAUAAAUUUAGCAAUAUAGAACAUUAUGGUAAAAAAGAACAAACAUGAGUAAUGCAGUCGACGUAAUUAUUGAUGUAUCGAAUUAUGAAUUGAUAGAUGAUUAUAGAAUUAUUUGUAGGCCUACGUCAUGCUGAAUUUGUUUAAGUGCUUUCUCAUUGUCUUUCAGAUGGGCGUUCAUGCCAUUUUAUUUGAGGGUGCGUGGGUGGGUGUGAGGAUGUGUGUGUGUAGUGGUAGGGUGUUUAUAUGUGUGGGUGUGUGUGUAAUAGAGAGGGGAGAGUGAGUGAGAGAGCAGAAAGCUAGAGAUAAAUGGGAGAGGCAGACAGCUGUGGGUAAGAGGAGAGUUUGUGUUUGUGUGUGUGAUGUGAGUGUGUGUGGGUGUGUGAGAGAGAUGUGCGGAUAUCAUGUAAUGUGUGACAGACAGAUCAAGAGAGAGAGGAAAUUUAUUGAGCCAUUUCGCCUGUUACCAAUAUUACUGUUACUAUGGGCUGACAUCAAUGGCAUGUUACUCUUCAUAACUUAUAAUCAUUUUGUUUAAACUGCAUUGACAAAAGAACAAAGUUAUAAUUGUCAUGUCAAAGGUAUCCACAUACACAUUUUAUGACAUAAAACCGAUUAUGCUUAUUUUAUGAGAAAAAUAUAUAUACACUGUAAGUGUAUAAGUAUCCAAUUGGACAGUGAUAAUAAACAUUUCAUGAACAGCCACACGACAGUCUAUUGCAGGCGAGGAUAAUAAUAAUUACACUUGCCUAUAGCCCUUGACUCUUACUUUAUCAGAAGUGAUCCGCUUUUACUCUUUCUUACUAUUUUCUUUCAUCUAUCAAAAAAAACCCAGAGGAAUGAUCUGUGGGGUAUAUAUUAGUUCAUUUGCAAGAAUGUUAUUGUAGUUUCAAGUACAUGUACAUUGUGUAUAGUUUAAGUAAGCCAUACGAUCAAUGGAGUGCAAUGGUGGCAAGUCCUAUUAUAAAUUUUGUUACAGUAGCAUAGGGAGGGGUGUUUCGCGUAGUGUGCCGGCGUUGUACAUCCCCAGUGAUACCGGAAUAUGUGCCCUAACAGCUGUUGGUGACUAAAUCAUAGAAUUGACAUUCAUAAGUGUUUUACCAUUUUACAGACAUUUUAUUCACUCGUGAAGGCGGCGAUUACAUUUCACUAUCACCGAGAUCAUGUAGAAAUAAUACUGAUCUCGGUAGUCUAAUGCAGAAUAUAUACAACCUUCCUCAGAACUCAAUUUUCCAAAUUUUUUAUAUAAAUAAAUUGAUUUAUUCAUCAUGUUAAGGCGCCAUCAUGGAUUGCAAAUGUUAACGUUAAGAAAGUGAGCAAACUGCGUGUCUUAAAACAGUACAGCAAAACCAAAAAUGUGCUAAGAAUACUAGUACUUCAUUUUUUUGAAAUGUAAUGCAGAAUUAAAAACAUUCGGAUUUCCUGAUAUUAAGCAUAAAAACGCAAAGUUUAGAGAUUAAAAUAAUCAAAUCGCUUGUAAUGUUGAAGUGACACCACCUCCUUCUUCUCUACUCUCUUUUUUGAUGUCUCCUUUUACACAUCUUUCGUAGUGGAAUAAACAAAAUUACCUCUUUUUUUCCACCUAAUUAUUUUCUUUCUUCAUCUUACCUUUCCUCUUUUAACACUUGUCUAUUACUUCUCCAUCCUUCACUUGCUCUUCUUUCAUCUCUUUUUUUAAUGUUCGAUUGCCAUAUAUGCCUUCAUAUACUAUCAAAAUAUUUCCACUGAAAUCUGACAUCGUUAUGCCAAUAAUUCUAUUUUUAAAAAUGCACAUUUCAACAAUUUCAUUCCUUUUUUUAAGGUCUAUCUUUUUAUUGAUGAUGCAAACCAUCGAGUGACCAUCGUAAUAAUAAUUAUGAAGUGAGGGGAUUCACAGACUUUCAUAGUCGGAGUGUGCUAUUUUGUGAAAUGACAGGUGACCUCAAAGUGGCAAUUCUUCUUUAGGCAGAAGUGUCAAUAUAAUUUAUUACACAGUGUUCGCAUGUGAGUAUGUGUUAACGUAAAUCUAAUUGAAAUGAUUUAUAUUGGACAAAAUGUAUUAAAAUGUGUCAAUAAAUAGAUAUACUUAGAGUGUUUGCAAUGCAUUGUAAAUAAAAAAUAGAAUAUUUUAAAGAAAUCAACACU